AUGACUCUUCAGAGGGAAACAAAAUUUGUGGCCGUGGAAACGUCGACAUCCUGUAGAAUGUGCUCCAAGCAGUUUGGAACUGUCCAUGCUAGGGAACACCACGAGAAACAAGAGCAUCACUUCACUGCUAGUAAAAGAGCUCAAAUGUCCACUGGAUUUAAAACAGAAAACUUCUUGGACUAUAAAACACCAGUGGAAAUAACAAAAUUUGUAGAAGCAAAACUCCGACCCGUUUCAGGCCCUGUAAGGUUAGCCUGCGCAUCAGAAGUUGAAGGCAUUAUUGCUUUCAUCAAGGAAGAGUUUCCAUUGCCAAUUACUUCUGUUACCAAGGGUGGUUCGUAUAUAAAGGGAACAGAUACACAAGAUUGGUCUGAUGUGGACAUAGUUCUUUUUAGCAAUGCCUUUGAAAGUUUAGAAGAUUGCCAAAGGAAAAUCCCAGAGGUACUAGAAGAGUUAGGAAAAAGACUGAUCAAAUCUUCAUGGACCAACAGGAUCAUCAUGCAGAAAAAAACACUGUUUUCCUUGAGGUUCUAUUUUAAGUGUUAUAAAGAUUGCCAUGGACACUCAUUUGAUAUCAUGCCUUGUUCAGACAUGCUUGGACCUGCAUUAUCAGCGGGUUUAAAAGAGAGCUUUUACCGCAAGCUCUACCUCUGUGGUGACAAUGAUAAAAUCCAGCUGUACACAAUGGCCCUGUUGAAGUAUCAAGCCGAAUUUGUCAAAGCAUCAACGGAGAGGGUGAAGGACCUCAUCCGUUUAAUGAAGCACUGGCUCAAAACCUCCUUUGCAAAGCCAACAGAGAAAAAUAAGUUUCGUAGGCUCCCUUCCUCCUACGCUGUGGAACUCAUCACUAUCUAUGUGUGGGAGCUGGCUGGGAAACCCAUCUUUUUCAGCUUUGUGCAGGGGAUGAGAGCUGUUCUCAAGCUUUUGGUUCAAUAUCAAGAAAUCUGCAUCAUAUGGCACAAACAUUACAGACCCAAUUUUCCAAUUUUCCAAAAGGUGUUUUUGAAGCAAACCAGGCCAUUUGUUCCGGAUCCUGUUAAUCCGACCUUUAAUGUGUGUGAGAACAGCAAUGCCUGGGAUGAAGUAGCUCAUGUGGCAAGACAGAGCCUGCUUAAGCCACUGUUCAAUGGCCUGCAAGCAAAGGAGCCUUGGCUUUUUACAAAUAACUGGUGA